GGUUGUAAAGCCACAGCACUAAUGCGAUAGAGCGUGGUAGCCUAGAUCGCACUUAAACGCUUUGAGUCAUUGAGCUGACACAGAAGAACAAACAUGGGCAGCCAAUGCUCUACACACAAGAGGGGUCAAAGGCAAAACAACAAAUCUGACCAAAAGAAAAAGGUUGUUUGCAGCACAGAGGAAAGUGGAGCAAAUUCCUCCCUCCUAAGACGGCCGUCUGUGCAGGGGCUGGGGACUGCAUUGAAGGAAGCAGAAGAGCAUUUAUCCAGACAUGCAGAAGAAACAUCUGGAAAAAACAACUGUAGUGAGAACAGCAGUGCACAUGACUGUGCUACUGCUGAAGUUAACACCUUCAGUCCUUGCUUCAGCAACAAAAAUGAAGCUGACUGGGUGGACAGCAACAGGUCUAAGCUCAUUCAAAGCGUCACUUUAGUGAUGCCAAUAGCAGAUGAAAUGAGACAGCAAAAAAUGAUCCAUAAAGAGACCUACAACAAAAUUGAUGCUGCAACAACAAGCCAGGACAAGAUGAGGGAACUCUAUAACGCCCUGACUACUCAAGAAGUCAAAUCUGCUUUCUACAGAAGCCUCCAAGAAAUUCAGCCGGAGACAUGUGAAACAGAAGAUGUCAUCAAGGAGGUCAUCAAAAAGAACAAAGAAUAUCUGAGGCAGAAGUGUCAGUGGCAGCGGGAAGGCACUGAAAAGACUUCUAUUGAGGAAAAAUCAUUGGAUAAAAUUUACACAGAGCUUCACAUUAUAAAAGGAGAGAGUGAACAUGUCAAUAAACAACAUGAGAUCUGGGAGAUUGAAGAUAAAGCGAGGAAUCAAACUGUUGAGGGUACAAAAAUCAACUGUAAUGACAUCUUCAAGCAUGAGCAAGACGACAAAGAAGUGAAAGCAAUCAGGACUGUGAUGACAAAGGGGAUCGCUGGCAUUGGAAAAACUGUCUCUGUGAAGAAGUUCAUCCUUGACUGGGCAGAUGGAAAAGCCAAUCAGGACUUGGACUUCAUCUUUAUGUUUCCAUUCAGGGAGCUAAAUUUGGUCCAAGAUGAUCAGAUUAGCUUUGAGAACCUUGUGAAAACAUUCCAUCCAGAACUUAAAACCAUAGCAGUUGCGAGAGCUUUGGCUGAUCGUAAAGUUUUGUUCAUCUUUGAUGGUCUCGAUGAAAGUCAACUUCAGCUGAAAUUCAAAAUGACCACAGUACUGGAUGAUGCUACGAAGGUGUCCUCAGUGGACACUCUGGUGACCAACCUUAUCAGGAAAUAUCUUCUUCCCUCUGCACUUGUUUGGAUUACCUCAAGACCAGGAGCAGUUCAACGCAUUCCUCGUAAGGAUGUCGACCAGUGGACCGAGGUCAGAGGAUUUGAUGAUCCACAAAAAAUAGAGUACUUCAGAAAGAGAGUUGAGGACAAAGCAGUCGCUGAAAAAAUAAUUGAACACAUAACAAUGUCACGGAGCCUGUACAUUAUGUGUCACAUACCUAUCUUCUGUUGGAUUGCUGUACAUGUUUUUGAGUAUUUGAUGCGUAAAAUGAGAAACACCAAAGAUGGAAACCAAAAAAUACCCACAACUCUUACUGGGAUGUACACACACUUCCUUCUUAUUCAGAUGACGAUAGCUAAUGAAAAAUAUGGCGACCAGGAAGACCAGGAAGAGCCUGAUACAGCAGAGCUUUUUAAGUCAAAUGAAGAGUUUAUUUUGAAAUUAGGCAGGUUGGCCUUUGAGCAACUGGAAAAGAGCAAGAUCAUAUUCACUGCUAAAGAUCUGGAGAAGUAUGACAUAGAUAUAAGGAAAGCUGGAGUUUACUGCGGGUUGUGUACAGCAAUAUUCAAAGAAGAGAGCGUGUUCCUAACAAAGAAACUUUACUGCUUUGUGCAUCUGACAGUUCAAGAGUAUUUUGCUGCUCUCUUUGUAUAUCACAGUUUUGCAAACAAAAAAAUCGAUUCUGAAAGUCUCAAGGAUUUCAUGCUAAAAGGGUCUGAUGAAGAGCUCAAGUCUAUCUUGGAAACAGUUCCAGUGGAUCUACCUUUAAAUGAACUGAUUGAAAUUACAAUAGCUAAUUCAACUCUGAGAACGACCGGAGAACUGGACAUGUUCCUCAGGUUCCUUAUUGGCUUGUCUCUACAAUCAUCAGAAGAACCACUUCAAAGUCUGAUUCAGCAGACUGAAGAGCAUUCAACAAAUAUUGAAGAAAUUCGGUCAAGUCUAUUAGAAAUAGAUUUGUUUGACUGCUCAGCUGAAAGAUGUCUAAACCUUGUCCACUGCCUGACUGAGUUGAAAGACAGUUCCCUACAUGAAUCAGUACGAAAGUAUCUGAAAACAAAUUGUUUUCCUGAAUCACCGCUCUCUCCUGUUGAGUGUUCAGCUCUGGCUGACUUGAUUCUGAUGUCAAACACGCCUCUGGAUGAAUUCAAUCUCAAGAAAUACAGACCAUCAGGAAAAGGUAUCUUUAGACUUCUUCCAGCUGUGAGGAACUGCAAAAAGGCAAGAAUCUCAGGCUUGGAUCUUAGUGUUUCGGAAUAUAAAACGAUCUCUUCAGCUCUUUGCAUACCACACUCUGUGUUAACUGAGCUGCACUUAGUCAAUAACACAAGCAGGGACUAUCAAGGUGCAGAAAUCUUGGCUGACGGACUAAAAUAUUCUCAGUGUAAACUAGAGGCUCUAAGUCUUUCUGGUGAAGAACUCUCAGAACAACAGGCUGAAGAUUUGGCAUCAGCCAUCCAAUCAUUAAUCUCAAAUCUAAGAGAACUGGAGUUGAGUGGCAACAUCCUGAGGGACUCACUAUGUUCUGUGCUGUCAGUUGGAUUAAGAUCCCAGAAACUGGAGAAGCUCAGACUGAACCGAAAUCCAAAGCCUGAAAAAAUCUGCGAAGAGUUAGUGGCAGCAUUCAAAUCCAGCACCUGUUAUCUGAGAGAGCUGCAACUGAACUACGUCAAUUUUAAAGACUCAGAAAUGAAGAAACUGUCAGCUGAGCUGAUGAGCACGAAAUGUAAACUGGAGGCAUUAAGUCUCACUCACAACAAAGUCACAGAGAAAGGCUGUGAGAUGCUGGCCUCAGCACUCAGCUCCAGACCUCCCCACCUGAAAGAGUUGGACCUGAGCUACAAUGACCUACAAGACUCGGGGGUGAUGGCACUGUGCAAUGCACUGACAGGUUUAAAAACACUCAGGCUAUCAUUUUGUAAAGUGACAGACGAUGGAGGCUCCUCUUUGGUCUCAGCUCUAAACUUGAAACCCUGCAGUCUCAAAGAUCUGGACCUCAGCUUUAAUAACCUCACUGAUGACAUAGUUCAGAUGCUGAAGGAAAAACAGAGGGAUUCAUGCUGCAGUCUGGAAAAACUCAAUGUGGACCAAAACGCAGGAUGCUGGGUUGAUCUGAAGCUGCUGAAACAGUUUGCCUGUGACCUAACACUUGACCCAAACACAGCAGGUGUGAAUAUUAUUUUAACCAAGAAGAACAGAAUGGCAGAAUAUGCCCCAGAGAAGCAACCGUAUCCUGAUCAUCCAGACAGAUUUAAUACCCUCCAGGUUCUCUGUGAAGAAGGUCUGACAGGUCGCCAUUACUGGGAGGCUAAGUGUUUUCAAGCUAACGUUGGAGUGGCAUAUAAAAGCAUUGACCGGGAGGGAGACGUUGCCUCUGACUAUUCAUUGGGAAAGAAUGAAAAGUCUUGGUGCUGGAUGAAUGAUGGUUGUUUUUAUCAUAACAAUUCCUGUAUAAACUUUGUAGACUUUGCAGCACUUUAUAGUCCUAUCAUAGGAGUUUACCUGGACUGGCCGGCAGGGAUUUUGUCCUUCUUUGGAGUCUCUCCUGAUACAGUUACCCACCUGUACACCGUGCACACAACCUUCACUGAACCACUCCAUGCUGGUUUCAGUCUGGAUAAUGGAUCAGUUUACCUCUGUAAAAUUAAGUAGGUAGACAUUUUGGAUGAAAGGAAAGGGACCCUAUACAGUUUACCAUACACUGCAUUACAGUAUACUACAGCCCUGUCACACAUGGAACAAGUAAGCCGGUUGGCUAUGUGAUCGUGGCUUUGAUUAUUUUUUUAAUGUCUGUCAGGGUCAUAUCCAGACAUACCAAGAGUAGCAAUAUAUACACACAAAACUGAUGGAGAAAGACUCUUUGCAUUGUCAGUGUCAGCAUUAGUUAACUGUACUUUUUUUGUAUUUAGCUCUCCCUUUUUUUGACACCACAAGCAAUGUCUGGAAAGGUGCUGUACUUAAUUUAAAAAAAAAAAAAUCACUUUUGUUCAUUUUAUUUUCUUGCACCUCAUACACUACAGCUGGAUCACCCCAGAAUUGGGAAUGAUAGCGAUGCAGAACUGCCAAAAAAAAAAAAAAGUAUUGUUAUUCUUUGCACACUUCAUGAUUCGAUUUCCCUGGAAAUAGGUGAACCUCACCCUAAAGGCUUUUAUUGGUUGGACUGCAUUCCUUGUGACACUCCUCUUUACUUAUCUACUUUGACUGACUAGGGUGAAGGGAAAAGACAUAUCAGACUUUGUUGGUUUUAGGAAGAAUAUUUAUUACUCAAACACAAGAUAUAAGAAUCAAAAACUGACUUAAGACUAAUAGAAGCAAAAUGCUGGUUAUAUUGGUGUUGGCAAUUCAAAGCCUAAACUAAAUCAUUCAAUCACUGUGUUUCUCUUUGGUUACUAAAGUACAAUGGAAAAUCUGAAUGCAAAUAACUUCCUGCCUAAACUAAAGUACAGCCAUGUGUCUAAAUAAAAGGUGAUCUAAAGAAUUUGUAGUGCGAUUCGAGGGUGCAUGACUGUGUUUCUAAACCUGUCCCAGCCCCAGGCAGUGACACAAUUAACUCUGCCUUGUACCUGAGCUCAUUUGUCAUAGUCGUACAUUCUCCAAAUGUCUGUCUGUUCACAAACUAAAUAGGAAUUUCAGACAAGAGGCACAAAGGGGUGACUGCUCACAUUAAAUCCAAGACCAUGUCACUGAGUGAACUUUUAAUAAGAGGAGAUCUUUAGGAUGAAUUGAACAUAAUUUAUUGAUAAACAGAAUUGAAACAGAAUUGGACUCUGAUGGCUAAAUAGAUCCAGACCAUUUAUAGGGCAGGACCCCACCCGGAGUGGAGAUGCUGGUGAUGGUGAUGAAGAUAGAGACUUGGAUAGAGCUCUGAGUAAGGUGGGUUGAAGCAGAGAUGGAGAGGAGGUGGGUUGCGGGAAGUAGUCAGAGGAACCGUGAGAUUUAAAGUAUGUGAAGUGGAGGCUGAUUGGCUUGAAAGCGGCAGGUUGAAAGAUGAUUGGACUCGACCUGAGCUUGAUGGUUUGGGAAAGUGGAAGUGGUGAUAGAUGUGUGAUUAUUGAUCUGGCAAUAACCAGAUGGAUCUCCUGAUUGGUGGGCUGGACUGGGCUGUUUACCAAAAAUCAGUUCAGCCAGGAAGCCAAAUGACUAGGACACGAUUCACGGGAUCAUAGUUGAGGGACUGCAGAGCAGGAUCUACAGAAACACUGGUGAGUUAGGCAGACGGGGAUGACAAUUAGACCCAAAAUACACAAACAUCUGUAGUCUUUACCUGGAACCUACAAUUCAGACUUAUGACAUAUUGAAAGUGAUAUAUGAAUGUCACCAUGUCCAAAUGUUGUAAUGACUUGUACCAUUAUUAUUAUGGAAUUGUGACCAUGGCACUAAAUAACCCUGAUCUGAUUUUAUGAGGCUGAUGGCAGGAGUCUGUGAACAUCAGGCCAAUACUGAUGUGAAGCUUUAAGUUUUUUAAUUUAUUGAGAAAGCGUGUGGUGUGCAGCUCAUAUCUUGCAACACUUCAUCGAUAUUAACAUUUCACUCUCGCUACUCCUUUUUGUUCCAUUGCUUCAUA